CGUAAAUAUAUGUUGAACCUCAGCUGUGUUUUGGAGCUUAUUUCUAAACAUCAGUAAAAUAUCCGUGAAUUAAAACCACCGAUAGGAACAAGAUUAUAUAGAUAACUAUUGCGAGAAGGAAAGGCAGCAGCUAGUGUUGUGGUAUUGUUGGUAAGAACUAGCUGUGUGUAUUCUGAGUAGGAGUAACUGGAGGCUUGGUUGUGUUUGAGCUGCAGGCCGCAGUAAGGUACUGCUGCUGCUGGUGUAUCUGAACUGGUGAAUGGAAGUGGACUGGACCCGUGUGAUGGGUCCUGAGAGAGUGUUACCGAACUCGGAGGAGGAUCUGAGCCAGGAGCGGAGCUCAGAGCCGGUGGUGGCUGAUGAAUGGAGCGGGGAGGACGGAGAGGAGGAGGACGGAGCUCCGGGAGAAGAGGAAGAUCAGGGUACCGGCGGUUAUUAUUAUCAACCGCUUAACCAGGAGCCAGAUACAGCUAACAGUCUUCACACUGAACAACCUGAUGAACCAUCACACGCAGAUCAGCUGCAUGAGGUGCAAGAGAGAAUAGAGGCUAUGGGGUUGUUCCUGCCUCAGCCUCCACCUCCUGACAGUGAUGAGGAGGAGGAUCCUGAAGGAGCUACUGCAUGCCAGAGUCAAGCAUCCAUUCCUAUGGAUCCUGAUCACGUUGAGCUGGUGAAGAGGACCAUGGCAGCGGUGAAUCUGCCAUCUCUGGGGGUUCCUGCCUGGGCUCGUGAGAUUUCAGACGACCAGUGGAAGGACAUGGUGCAGAAGACUCUUCAGUCAAGGCAGAGCUCAGCAGGCCUGUUGCUGCAGCGCAAAUGAAACGGCUCAAGGUCGUCUUCAUCUCGUCCUUUCUUCAGCUCUCACUGACAUCCUUCAUAAAACUUCAAGAGACUGCUCGAUCAUGUGACUGAGUUGGCAAAAACAAAGAAAUGCACUUGUUCUGCUUUCUUGAUCAGAUAUUAUUCCCUGCUGUCCAAAGUAGCACAGAAUAUUGCAUUUCUCUUGAAUGCACGUCUUUUAAGUCUUUAAAAUCACACUAUAUUGAUAGUGACUGAGGUUUGUCAACAUUCCUUUAAUUCAUUUAAUGUCUGCUCACUUGUCCAGGCAGCUGGGUGUAUUUUCACUGUUUACACCUGGGUUGUUUUAUGCAUUUUUGAUUCUGUCCUAUUUAACACGUUCACCACGUCCAUUUGAUAUGAAAAUUAUAAUACAGUUAGCUAGAUUAAUCUGACUGCCAUAUUACAUGUGAUUUCAAAUCAGCUAUAAGAUCAUCCUGUGUUGUAUUUAGAUUUGCAAUGAGAACAAUUACAAAGUGCAUUACAUUUACAUUUUCAGCAUUUAGCAGACGCCUUUAUCCAAAGCGACUUACAUUACAGUUAAGAGUAUACAGUCUGAGCAAUUGAGGGUUAAGGGCCUUGCUCAAGGGCCCAACAGCAGCAACCUAGCAGUGGUGAGCUUGAACCAGCAACCUUCGGAUUACUAGUCCUGUACCUUAACCACUAGGCUACGGCUUGCAUUACAUUUAUGAUAUUGCACAACAUUUUUAAAUUUAAAAACACUCUGGCAUAUAUGAAUCAUUUAGAUUACUAGAGUAUAAUAUUGAUCAUUGCUUUGGUUGUAUGAUGCUGAGGGACUGGAUUCAAAGCAGUUUAAAGUGCAUCUUGGGUAUAGUCACGCCAAUAUGUUAUUUAGGUCAUUUCUAUUUGGGUGCAGAGCAAAUGGAUUUAUCUAACUUUUACAUUACAUUUACUGUUUAGGCAUUUAGCAGAUGCCUUUAUCCACAGCGACUUGCAUUACAGGUACAGUAUCUAGUCUGAGCAAUUGAAGGUUAGGGGUCUUGCUCAAGGGUCCAACAGCAGCAACCUGGCAGUGGUGGGGCUUGAACCAGCAACCUUCUGAUUACUAGUCUAGUACCUUAACCACUAGGCUACGGCUCAACCAGCUGGCUGCGUUCAUAUCUCAGGUUCAAUCGGCCCAGAUCGUAAUUUUAAUUUAAUCUAAGCAUCCAAACCACAGCAGUCUGAACAGCCAGGUUGGAAUUCAUGCAACUUGUAUGUAUAGCCCAACAAUUGUUUCUGUAAUUGCUUAAAUAAUUUAAUACGCAAUCAGAUUUGAAUAUUCAGUGAACAAAAUGAGCAGCACAACACUACAUGCUUGUAUUACUGGAGGUGUCAAUCAUGGAGGCAACAUCACCAUCAUAAACUUUCAUAUGUUCAUAAAGUUUCAUUUUUGUUUAAUAUUUAACUGACAAUAAAGUCUUUUUGCUGAUA